AUGUCAUCACCUAAAGUUUGGUUCAUCACUGGUUCGUCGACGGGGUUCGGCAGGGUCAUGACGGAGCUCGUCCUCGCAAAGGGCGACAUCGCCGUGGCGACGCUCCGCUCCCCGGAGGUGCUCGCCGAGCUUGCGUCACAGUACGGCAAGGACAGGCUCCUCGUCCUGAAGCUCGACGUUUGUAAGCCUCAGGAGAUCAAGGACGCGUUCGCUGCCGCGGUCAAGCAGUUCGGCCGCGUCGACAACGUGUUCAAUAACGCUGCGUACGCCAUGAUCAGCGAGGCGGAGACCGGUCCCGAGGACAUCGCGCGGACGAUGUUUGACGUUAACCUGUGGGGAGCCAUCAACGUCAGCAAGGAGGCCGUGCGCAUCAUGCGCGAGGUCAACAAGCCUGCCGGAGGGCGUUUGUUGCAGAUAUCUUCAAUGUCAGGCUACAUGGGGAUGACCGGCAUGUCAUAUUACUGCGCUACAAAACACGCUAUCAACGCAUUCACCGAAGCUCUGUCCAAGGAGCUCGACCCCGACUGGAACAUCAAGGUCGUCAUCGUCGAGCCUGGAGCGUUCCGCACGGGGGCUUACGGCAACGUGGUCCGGAUUCCGCUCCACCCAGCCUACGAGAAAGUCAUGACUGCACCACGCAAGUAUUUCGAGGAGGACGUCUUGGGUGUGAUGCAAGACCCGGUGCAGGGUGUUGAGGUUCUAUACAAGAUCGCAGAGCUUCCCAACCCACCGCUGUUCCUCCCGCUCGGGAAGGAUUCUGUCAGCAUGGCGAAGACGAGAUAUGCUGAGAUGGUGGAGAGUACGAAUGCUGUUGCUUCGUGGUCGGAGGAGCUGCGGGUCAUGGGGUGA